AUGUCUCUCUAUCUGCUGGAAACCAAGCCUCCCACAGAGAUCACCCUUGAGGAUGACGGCGUUCAAUGCAAGGUCGACAAUGUCGUCUUCACUUUUCCCAUGGAUGACGAUGUUCCUUUUGUCCCUUCCUCGGAACCUCUCCAGUGCUACCCUCUAGGUGGAUCAGCCUAUGUUGUGCUGUCCUCCAAGGACCAGGUCCGACGAGCCAGCGUGUUGUUCCUUGAUCUCAAGACUAGUCAGAUCCAAUGGAAGAGCAUGAAGAAGGUGUGUCCCGAGUUUUGGUCUUAUGGAAGCCACUUGGCUGGAGUUCAGGAUGCGACCUCCAUUCUUGAUGCUCUCAAGAUGGUGGGCGAUAUUCAGAGCAAGGUGAAACAGGUUACCGAGAAGCAAGCGUUUAGUGCUUCAACCGAGUCUUUCGGACUGAACAGGCUGUCGCUAAUGGGCUCUAUCCCCCCCGGUUUCUCCGAUUCAACUGUUGUAUGCUCUGAAUCGUUUCCUCGCCAAAGCCAUCUGGUGAUUCUCGCUACCAAUUGGCCUUGGAUCAGUGAUAAGCUUCCCGGAUUUGACGACAACAGAAGCGACGAGAAGAUCACUAUCUACAUCGAGGCAGGCUCACAGGCAGUAGAUGUACUUGUUGACUUUAUCUACGGAAAGCCCGUCAAGCAGAUGCUGAACGCCACAAUCAUCCUAGAGCUGGCAAGAUUCAACUCAAUUCCCAUCACCAUCAACGGUAAGAAGCAUUCCAACGCACACCUGCCUCCAGGACUUUGGGAGGAGUGUCUUCAAUUCGAGCCUAUCCCUCAGGACUUUGUGAGACUGUGGCGGAUCCCUUACUUCAAGAAGAGAUUGGAAAGCUUCUUUGGACAGAACAGAAAGGCUGUCAUGGAGACCGACGAGGUUACAUACUUGUCUAAGGAAGAACUCCUGGAGCUGUUGCGACUAUAG